AUGGAGCUCCUGCUGCGGCUUCGAGACCAAAGCCCAGUGUCCGAUCCGGCUAUGGAGCUCCCGCUGCGGCUUCGGGACCGGAUCCCAGUGUCCGGUCCGGCUAUGGAGCUCCCGCUGCGGCUUCGGGACCGGAUCCCAGUGUCCGGUCCGGCUAUGGAGCUCCCGCUGCGGCUUCGGGACCGGAUCCCAGUGUCCGAUCAGGCUAUGGAGCUCCCGCUGCGGCUUCGGGACCGGAUCCCAGUGUCCGAUCCGGCUAUGGGGCUCCCGCUGCGGCUUCGGGACCGGCUCCCAGUGUCCGGUCCGGCCAUGGAGCUCCCGCUGCGGCUUCGGGACCGGAUCCCAGUGUCAGAUCCGGCUAUGGAGCUCCCGCUGCGGCUUCGGGACCAGAUCCCAGUUGUCCGGUCCGGCUAUGGAGCUCCCGCUGCGGCUUCGGGACCAGAUCCCAGUGUCCGGUCCAGCUAUGGAGCUCCCGCUGGUGCCGCUUCGGGACCGGAGCCUAACAUUGCUGAGGAGCCGGCGGCAUACAACUUUGAGUACGCCGUGAAGGACGAGGAGAGCGGCAACGACUUCGGUCAGCAGGAGACCCGAGACGGUGACAGCACCUCGGGCUCCUAUUACGUGCUGAUGCCGGACGGCAGGAUGCAGAUUGUCAACUACUCCGUGGACGGAGACUCCGGCUUCGUUGUCGACAUCCAGUACGAGGAGCCAGAGCUCAGUGGUGCCGCCUCGGGACCUGAGCCCAGAGCUUCGUACGGAUACUAG